CCAGAAAUACCUGGUAAUUCUGAGCAGCCUUCAUUUGAUUUUGCUUUCCUCUGCAGAUUAUUUGUGCACUCCAGAGGAAAAUGUUUACAAGAUAGACUUCACCAGGUUCAAAAUCCGGGACAUGGAAUCUGGAACGGUCUUGUUUGAAAUCACCAAACCAGCAGCUUCAGAACGUGAACACAAUGACAAGAAGGACAUUGACCCCAACGCUGGACGGUUUGUACGCUAUCAGUUUACCCCAGCUUUUCUUAGACUUCGGCAAGUGGGAGCCACGGUGGAAUUCACAGUAGGGGACAAACCCAUUAAUAACUUCCGCAUGAUUGAGAGGCACUACUUCCGGGAUCAAUUGCUUAAGAGUUUUGACUUUGAAUUUGGGUUCUGCAUCCCCAGCAGUAAAAAUACUUGUGAGCACAUCUAUGAGUUCCCACAGCUCUCUGAGGAUCUCAUUCGAGACAUGAUCCUUCAUCCAUAUGAGACACAGUCGGACAGUUUCUACUUUGUAGACAACAAGCUCGUGAUGCACAACAAGGCAGAUUAUUCAUACAGUGGAGGACCUUGA